AUGCCGCCUCCAUCUCCAUCUCCUCCACCCCCUCCACCCCUACCCACACCCCUACUCAAACCCUCAAGAGCACGCCCACCCCCUCCACCUCCCCCACCCACAUCCUCCCAGCCCACAACCAACCCCCCCAAUCCCCCAACCUCAAACCCACCCAAUGAACCCUUCCACCCCUUCCCCAUCUUCUUCUACGGCUCCCUCAUGGACCCCGAAGUUCUCCAAUCCAUCCUCGCUCUGCCCCAACCCCCCUCCCCCAAACCCGCCACCCUCACCGGCUACCGCAUCAAAAUGUGGGGAAUCAAUCCCGCCCUACUGCCCAGCCUGACCGGCAGCGUCCCAGUAACAGGCGUCCUCUGGCACGUCGCCUCUGCAGACCGGUUUGCGCGGCUCGCGGCGUACGAGACGGCGGCGUAUCGCUGGGAGACGUGUGAGCGGGUGUUGGUCGAGGGCGGGGAGCGCGUUGGCGGGUGUCGGGUUGUUUGUUGGGCGGGGGAUCCGGAGGGUGGGGAGUUGGAGGAGGGUGGGUUUGGUUUUGAACGCUAUCGGAGGUAUUUCAAGGGUUCGGUUGUUAGGUGCAGGGAGAGUGCUGGGUCGUGA